CUCGCGCGGGAGCCGGAAGGCGUAAAGAUAAAGGACUACCCAUUGCAGUUUCGCCUUAGCGUUUCAAUUGGCUUUUAGUACGAGACCACCGCACUACAGAACACACCCCGGUUCGGCGAUGUCUGCCCACGACUACUUUAUACACUCGUUUGGAUCUGUCAAACUGUAAGGAUGGUGAAAAAAUCCGCCAACGGUGAAGUUUAUCACCCUCAGGCAGGGGAGAAGAAACUGAAAGUCGGCUUCGUGGGACUGGACCCCGGGGCUGCGGAGACGAGCCGAGACGGGGCACUUCUUAUCGCCGGUUCCGAGAGCACGAAACGGGGCAGCAUCCUGUGCAGACCGAGGUCCAGCAUCUCCAGGGGGAGCGUCGCGCACAAAAGAAACGCGCGUUAUCGCAGACUGCAAAAUUUCCUGUACAAUGCGCUGGAAAGACCCCGCGGCUGGGCGUUCAUUUACCACGCUUAUGUGUUUCUGCUGGUGUUUUCCUGUCUGGUUCUGUCAGUGUUCGCAACGAUCAAAGAAUACAAGAAAAGCUCCGAGAGUGCCUUGUACAUCCUGGAAAUUGUGACAAUCGUGGUGUUUGGUGUGGAAUAUAUUGUGCGGAUUUGGGCAGCCGGCUGCUGCUGUCGCUACAGAGGAUGGAGAGGAAGGCUGAGAUUUGCACGCAAGCCCUUCUGUAUCAUCGAUAUCAUGGUCCUUUUUGCAUCGGUUUCUGUGCUGGCGGCUGGCUCACAGGGAAAUGUUUUUGCCACCUCCGCCAUUCGGAGUCUGAGGUUUCUUCAGAUCCUUCGAAUGCUGCGCAUGGACCGCCGCGGUGGCACAUGGAAGCUCCUGGGAUCUGUGGUUUACGCACACAGCAAGGAACUCAUUACGGCAUGGUAUAUUGGAUUCCUUUGUCUUAUCCUGGCAUCUUUCUUGGUGUACUCAGUGGAGAAGGAUGACAAUUCAGAGAUGUUCGAGACCUACGCAGACGCCCUCUGGUGGGGGCUGGUAACUCUUACAACUAUCGGUUAUGGGGACAAGUUUCCUGUCACAUGGAAUGGGCGUCUAAUUGCUGCCACAUUCAGUUUGAUCGGUGUAGCUUUUUUCGCUCUUCCUGCGGGUAUCCUGGGCUCAGGAUUUGCUCUGAAGGUUCAAGAGCAGCACAGACAGAAGCAUUUUGAGAAGCGUCGUAACCCUGCAGCAGCUCUUAUCCAGGCAGCUUGGAGAUUUUACGCUACAAAUCUUUCCCGGACAGACCUGCUGUCCACAUGGGACUUUUAUGAGCAGACUGUGUCGGUCCCAAUGUACAGACUCAUCCCUCCUGUAAACCAACUCGACAUAUUAAGAAGCCUGAAGGGAAAAUCUGCUUUCAGGAAGGACUCCCAGCUAGAAGUCACUCCAAGUAGUGAGAUUUCACACAAAGACACCCUGUGUGGGUGCUGCCCGAGAAGCAAUAGUCGUAAGCCCAGCUUGAAAGAGAAAGGCAGUCCCUCUAAGAGCACCGGGGGGAAGGAAGCCAAGACCCCCAAGGCAGAGGAGGGAUUCAAAGAGAGUCCAAGCAAAGUGACCAAGAGUUUAAGCUUCACAGACCGGAACAAAGCAAAACAGGCUUUCAGAAUGAAAGAUGGAGCUUCUCGGCAGAACUCUGAAGUGCUGAUUGAGUUGCAAGACGAGGACUUCGCCAUGAAGAGUUCUCCAGCGAUUGAGGGCUUAAUCAAGGCAAGUCUUCCGGAAGAUUUUGGGGAUGACAGAGGUUUUCCCUGCGAAUUUGUGCCGGAUCUGUCUCCGGGACUAAAGGUGACCAUCAGGGCAAUCUGUGUUAUGCGGUUCCUGGUGUCUAAGAGGAGAUUUAAAGAGAGCCUCAGGCCUUAUGAUGUGAUGGAUGUGAUCGAGCAAUAUUCAGCAGGCCAUCUGGACAUGCUGUCACGCAUCAAAAACCUUCAGUCCAGGAUAGAUUUGAUUGUGGGUCCCCCUCCCCCCUCGACCCCUCGUCACAAGAAAGUGGAUCAGAUUGUGGGAAAGGGAGCCGCAGCGGGAGAAAAGGACAAGCCCAAAAGCGACACAGAGAUGGCUGAGGACCCAAGCAUGAUGGGACGUCUAAACAAGAUGGAAAAGCAGGUAGGGGCAAUGGACCUCAAACUCAACUUUUUGGUCAGCGUGUACACCACACAUAUGGGCAUCCCACGAUCUGAGACUGAAGCCCUCCUAGGCUUUAAAAUCCCUUACCCUGCUCCUCCCUACCACAGCCCAGACGAUAAGAGCGAGAAAGCACAGGACGAGAAAGAGGAUGAGAAUAAAAAGAGUGUGUCCCCUGUUUAUCCCGGUCUCAACGGGACUCCCACCGAAAGCCAGUGUCGGCCCUCUACCUCAUGGCAUCAGGAUGACCAUCCCCUCAGUGUGCCUCUCUGGAACAACAGUCGAGGAGUUUCGCCAAUAGGCACGGAUGACCCCUCACUGUACCGUAUCCCGCCUCCGCCGUUCCAUGAGAACGGAGACAGCAGCCGCUCACGUAGGUCCAGGAGACCCGUCCAGCAGCAGGCGGCCGUCGAGAGCGACACAUCCCUCUCCAUUCCCUCGGUGGACCAUGAGGAACUAGAUCGCUCUUUUAGUGGCUUUAGCAUUUCUCAGGCCAGGGAAGAGGAAUAUGUGCCUCCCGUUAGUCUGGGGCUUUUUGGCGGAGGCGGCGGGACACUGUGCACCCGUCUCAGGCCUUAUCUGGCCGAGGGGGAGUCGGAUACGGACUCUGACCUCUACACACCGGGAGCGCCGUCCCCUCUCUCGUUUACCGGAGAGGGGCCUUUCAGUGACAGGAUGUGGCCUGGUCUGAAAUAGUGUGGAGUUCAUUGUGCGGACCAAUAUACUGGAUGUAGCUGAUGGAUGUGUAUGUGGCCAUUUGGACUUGACGGAGUGAAUCGUUUUUAAUGUCGAAAAACAAAAAUGUGGGAGUGAUGCCACAGCGGCAAGACAGAAUCAUAAACAUUGCAAUUAAAAAAACAUAGAGGCUAAGAAUGUGUGCGUUCACAAGCAGAAAAGAUUGUGUGUAUUCAAUUACUGGCAUGGAUCUUCAAAUCAAAAAAGGCUCCUCUUCUUUAUUAGUUUGCGUAGUCACAGUCACAGCUAAUGCAGUAUCCAGUGCACUUUACCUUAAAACUGUAAUUUUAGUUUAUGAGAUAUUUAUUUAUUUAUUUACAUUGUCUUUUCCUGAAAUGUUUUAUGAGACUGUUAUGAAAACGAGUAGUUAAUCAGGGCAUGUGUUCGUAGUAAGCAUUUAAUGAACAUUUUAAAUUGAAAGGUUGCUUUGGAGAAAAUAAUUUCAGCCAAAGAAAAAGACGACAGAAAGCUGAGCAUGCCUUACAGGUACUCUUUCCCUCUUAUAUAUUUCUUAUCAGUAGGAUGGAAAGAUGAAUUAAUUUUUUAUAGCUACAUUUAAAGUCAAAGCACUUACGGAGAGAGACACAUACUUUUGGAGGAACUAUUAAUAUUUGCAGGAACCCUGGUGAUGGUUAGAGGAGAAAUAUCCACGCUAUUGUAUGCAAUCAGUUUUCAAUUUCUAGAAUUGGUAACCUGCACUAUGAUAUGUUUUAUGCUGUAGCGAAGAAGGCACUGAAUAAUAGUCAGACCUAAAAACACAUUAACUGCAUGGCAUGUUUACGGAAUAUAGCUUGUUGACAACCUAAUAGGAUGACAAAUGAGAUAGCAAUGAAAGAAAGUCCAGAUUUAGACAAGGAUAAAGGAAUUGAAAAGUUAUGGAUUGCAUUUAUUAGUUUUGUUUUUCCAGGUCAGUUUUACAUUGAAAGCGCUUGUUUGUACAGGUUUCCUGUAGAGCCCAGAGACCACUUACAUCUGCAAAUGUAUCACUAUUCCCAGUAAAAAGGAGAAAGAUGAAUCUAUCUAGAUGUGGUUUAUGUAAGAAAAUAGGGAUAAUUAUAUGAAAAGAUAUAAACAUUUUUCGAAGCUGUAUUUCAAAACUCUGUUCAAACAUUACAAUAUUAGGUUGCAUACUGUAAGGAAAUAAAGUUGGUUUUGUCUCAG